AUGUCUCAAAAUUUACGCAAGAAAGCUGCUGCUCGUGCUUCUCGACGUGCUAGUAGCAACUCUGGUCCUCCAUUGGCAUCCAUUCUUGCUGCUAAUGGAACUCCUUUAAGUAGUCGUCAGAAUACUGACGAAGAAGACGCUUGGAGUGAAACAUCCGCUGAUACUCUUGAUUCUUGGGCAUCAGCCGGAAGUAGAGCUGAAGACAAAGUUCUAGAAGAAGUUGAUAAUUGGGAGGACGAGGUAUUGCAAAGCAUUGAUAACUUGGAAGAGAAACGUACAAGUACUCGGGAAAACGCCUUGACCAUUUUGAUUCGUCUCCUCUCUCACAAAUAUGCUGCGGAUAUCCUUUAUUCGCGAAGAGAUACUCUACUUGACAUGUUGAAUCGGUCCAUUAAAAAAAAUAAAAGCCAUAAAGAAAGUAGAUUGGCUGCCAAAGGCGAGGAUCAAGAAACCAUGUAUCAUGAUGUUCUGUCCCUUUUGAAAUAUACUAUAAUCAACACCUCUUCUAUGGAAGUUAGAAGUAUGUGCAUAAAGACCUUAGCUUUGGCCUGUUUCAUUGCUGGAUCACAAGCUGAAGUUUUUGAACUUUUAAAUUUUUUUGCCGAAAUAAUAAUUACUAAUGGUAAAAGCGUUAAUGCUACCAAUGACGGAGCUACUUUAACAAGUGCCUUAAAUGCAUAUGGUUUAUUAUAUGCUAGGCUAUGGGGAGAUUCAAAGAAAGUAGCUGGUAUGGCUAGAGAGGAAUUUGAACGAGUAAUUCCAGCCCACACAAAACAACUCGAGUCCUCUAUCAUGGAAGUGAGAGUUGCUAGUGGUGUAAACAUUGCAUUGAUGUUUGAAACUUUGGGGAUUGGUAAAAGAAUAGAUCCAUCUGAAGAAUGGGUCCAGGAUCAGGAAGCUGAGUCAGAUGAAGGUUAUUUUGAUUAUAAUGAUAUGGAUAGGCUGACUCAGUUAUUGAGUACAUUAGCUACAGAUAGCAAUCGUCAUCGCGGAAAAGUUGAACGUAAAGUGCAAAGAUCUGCCUUUCGCGACAUUUUAAAGACAGUUGAGGUUGGAGGGUGA